AUGCCUCGUCAACCUAUUAAAGAAUAUUUAGAAGAAAACCCUAAAAAAGUCCUGGUGUUGGAUGGCGGCCAGGGUACUGAAUUAGAGAAUCGUGGUAUCCACGUGGCAAAUCCAGUAUGGUCUACAAUACCAUUUAUCAGUGAAUCGUUUUGGUCCAAUGCAUCAUCGAAGGAUAGGGAAAUCGUGAAAGGCAUGUUUCAGGAUUUUUUGGAUGCCGGUGCAGAUAUCUUGAUGACGAUCACAUAUCAAACAAGUUUCAAGUCAGUUACUGAGAAUACGCCAAUCAAGACUUUGAAGGAGUACAAUGAACUUUUGGAAAGGAUCGUGAGCUUCUCACGUUCUUGUAUUGGAGAUGAAAAAUACUUAAUUGGAUGUAUUGGGCCCUGGGGUGCUCAUGUCUGUGCGGAAUUCAACGGCGAUUAUGGUGGGCAUCCUGAAAAUAUAGACUACUAUGCAUAUUUCAAACCGCAGCUCGAUAAUUUUUUUCAGAACAAGGAUUUGGACUUGAUAGGCUUCGAAACUGUCCCCAACUUCCAUGAAUUGAAAGCAAUUCUGUCCUGGGAUGACACCAUAUUAUCAAAGCCUUUCUAUAUUGGUCUUUCAGUCCAUGAAAAUGGAGUCCUUAGAGAUGGUACAACCAUGAACGAAAUUGGAUAUUAUAUAAAGUCCCUCGGUAGUAAAAUCAAUCCCAACUUCUUAUUAUUGGGUAUCAAUUGUGUUAGUUUCAGUGACUCCCCUGAUAUCUUAGAAUCUAUUCAUAAAGAGUUACCGGACAUGCCGUUAAUUGCUUAUCCAAAUAGUGGUGAAAUAUAUGAUACUGUGAAGAAAAUCUGGUUACCAAAUCACUAUUCUGAUAUAACUUGGAAUGAUGUAGUCAAUAGAUACAUAAAAGCAGGAGCAAGGAUUAUUGGUGGCUGUUGCAGAACUAUGCCUGAUGACAUUGAGCAGGUAUCUGCCGCAGUAAAAAAAUCACAUAAAUAA